ACGACCAAACAACUCUUCAAAGAUAUCUUGGCUUGGAUAUUGUACGAAUCUCAUCUAUAGUUGUAAGAUGCAGAUAAAUGCCCGAGAGCAACGACGAAUGAAUGAAUCUUAUUGGGAGAUUUAUAUGCUUAUCUGACAUUCAACCACUCGCACUUCCCGGAUUAAAGAUGGUCUUUCCUAAUAUAUCUUGAUUAGUAUCACCUCAGUAUUAUUGGUGAGUAUAGAUCAUAAUAGGUAGUAGACGUGGUAGGUUCAGCUCUUUGGGAUUGAAGCUGUCUCGUGUUAUUGCGAUGGACGAUCAUGCAAGCCUCGAGCAUUAACGAUGUUGAGGUUACCCAAAUUCUCAAUAUUAUGAACAUCUUCAUUUGAACAAUUUUCGAGAUGUUAUUGCACUCAAAUCAACAAUGAAUCUACAAUGACGUCUAAAAAGAGAGCAACGUCCAUAAUUACCCCAACCCAGUCUCAAGGAUUCUCAAUGCUAAAAUUCUAUUCAGCUCUCUUCCUCGGCACUUUCAUCCUUACCAUAUGGCAUUAUGGAAUCCCUUCACAACUGAUAUCUCCUGCAAACCUCGAAUUAAAUAAUCUAGCCUCAGUCAUCGCGAAAACAGGUUGGCAAUGGAAAGAUGUCGAACCAAGCGAAUCCCUAAUCUGGCAUACUUGCUACUCAACGUUUCAAUGUGCUCGUCUUUCCCUACCACUAGACUGGCUUAACACUUCCAAUCCUUCCAGAAUUACCCUCGCAAUCAUCAAAAUCCCCGCAACAGAUCUAACCAAUUACCUCGGUCCCGUGUUCACUAAUCCUGGCGGACCAGGCGGUUCAGGAAUUUUUUCCCUCCGAAGAAAUGGACAUAAUCUUCAAAAAAUCGUCGGUAAAAAUCACGAUAUUAUAUCUUUCGAUCCUCGAGGUAUAGGGGCUUCAACACCUCUCAUCAAUUGCUGGGGUUCCUCACGUCAGAAUGCAAAGAUUUGGAGAUUAAGUGAUGUAGGAGUAGUGGAUUCGCACCCAGGAAUGCUGAAUGAUGCAUAUGCGAGAGCAAGUGCUCUUUCGAAAACCUGCGAGGAAAACAUGGAACGCGAAGCGAAAGCCAGAGGAGAGGAAUCUUUAUUAAAAUUCGUGAGUACAACGAGUGUGGCACGUGAUAUGCUUGAGAUUAUGAGGAAGACGGGCACGGAAAAGUUGAGGUAUUGGGGGUUUAGUUAUGGGACAUUUUUGGGUGGUGUGUUUGCGGCUAUGUAUCCUGAUUUGGUGGAGAGAAUGGUUAGUGAUGGCAACGUAAACUACAACGAAUGGUCGACCAACACUCACACCUCUUUUCUUCACGACUCAGAAAAAAUCAUGUCAGCAUUCUACCACUAUUGCCACCUAUCCGGUCCCACAAUCUGCGCCUUCUACUCCCCUACUCCCUCCCAAAUCUCCACUCGCCUGGCGACUCUCCUCUCCCAACUAAAAAUCCACCCUAUCCUCGUCUCCCCCCAAGACGCCUCUUCCCUCCCCGAACUAAUAACCUACUCCUCCCUCAAACGUCUCAUCUCCGCCUCUCUCUACCGCCCCAUCCUCCUCUUCCCCUCCCUGGCCACCGUUCUCCAAGCCCUCGAAACCGGCAACGGCGUCCCCUUCAUCGAUCUCACCUCCACCUUCGGCAUGCGCGAAAUCUUCACCUGUGACUGUCCGCACAAUUCCUGCAACGAUCUCCCCCCUCCGAUCGACGACGACGACGACGAAGAUUCCGAAGCCACCGCCGACGCCAGCGCAGCUAUAAUGUGUACUGACGGCGGUUCCCUCCCUCCUAGCCUCUCCGCCUUCAAAACCUACGCUACAAACCUCAUUGCCUCCGCUCCCGCCGCCGGCGCCGUCGGUGCCGAAUUCAGACUUAGCUGUGUAGGUCGAACCGUCCCUGCAAAAUGGCGAUUUACAGGCCCCUUUGAAGGGAAUACAUCGCAUCCGAUACUGUAUAUUGCGAAUGCGGCGGAUAACGUGACGCCAUUGAUUAGUGCGAAGAGAAAUGCAGAGGGAUUUGUGGGCGCGAGGGUUUUGGUGCAGGAUUCGUUUGGUCAUACGAGUUUGAGUGCGGGGUCGGGGUGUACGGCGGGGGUUGUGAGGGGGUAUUUUCAGAGGGGGGUGUUGCCGGAGGUGGGGAAGGUGUGUGGGGUUGAGGGGAUGCCUUUUGGGGGUGGGGAGAUGGGGGGGAGAAAGGGGGUUGAGGGGGAUUGGGGGAGAGAAAGGGGAGAGGGGGGAGAGGAUGUAGACAGAGAGAUUAGAGAUGCGGUGUGGGGAUUAAUGAUGAAUAAUAAUGGGAAAUUUGAGAGAGGAGGAAUCUAA